AUGGGCAACCCAUUCACUGAUACCAGCAGUGAUCUCUUAGUUCUUGAUAGACCGGAGUUAAGGAAUGCAGCCGUCAUUGAUUCUGUCAGUAAUUUGAAAGAGCUUGGCGAACGUCAAUGCAGCGAGUUCUUUAACUGCCGGCUAGUACAACAUACAACUCCAGUCACUGAUAGGAUACCAAGGAAUAAUGUACCUUUAUUUAGAUGGAGUCCUGACAAUUAAGGCAAAAACCCAUACGCAGGAACAACUGCUGGCCAUGAAACAGGACCGGCAUUUGUUUUCAACUGUAUACAUCGUUAGUCAAGUGCGAGAUGCUGAUCUUCCAACAUGAAAACCAGUCGUCGCCACCUUCAAUAUCUGACAAUGGAAAGUUGAGACUAGCAACAAAGUCCAACCUACUUCUAUGUCUGGAAGAUCUCCUACCAUUAACUGAAGGAGCAAACAGCUUAGUNGCUUGUGCUCUGUACAAGCUUCGGCAGGCAUCGUAUGUUGAGUGGCAAACAUGUCAGCCAGAAUGUAACGCCCCAUUAUUUGAUGAAUGGUGCAAACAGAGAGCAGCUCAAAAGGCACAGUUCCAUUUCUGGCAACUUGUGCUCAGCACCGAGUUGGAUGUCCUGGCGUGGGACAGAUCAAUCCAUGAAGGGAACUUCCUUUUGUACGUGGAGGCUUUGACAAGACUUCAGUGGCUGUUCCAUUCCCUUGACCACUACAACUACGCACGUGCCAUUGCUAGCCAUCUGCGUGACAUGGUUAUGCUUAGAGACAAACAUCCUGGAAUAUUUGCAGAUUUUUUUUUUUCAGAGUUCUUUAACUGCCGGCUAGUACAACAUACAACUCCAGUCACUGAUAGGAUACCAAGGAAUAAUGUACCUUUAUUUAGAUGGCGUCCUGACAAUUAAGGCAAAAACCCAUACGCAGGAACAACUGCUGGCCAUGAAACGGGACCGGCAUUUGUUUUCAACUGUAUACAUCGUGAGUCAAGUGCGAGAUGCUGAUCUUCCAACAUGAAAACCAGUCGUCGCCACCUUCAAUAUCUGACAAUGGAAAGUUGAGACUAGCAACAAAGUCCAACCUACUUCUAUGUCUGGAAGAUCUCCUACCAUUAACUGAAGGAGCAAACAGCUUAGUGCCUGAAGUGGACAUGAUCGUUCUUGAUGGCGCAGCAAUAGUCAACAUGCUUAAACCUGUCAGGUCCGAUUCAUUUGCUGAUUAUGUAAAAGAGUUUGGCCUUCAUAAGAAGUCAGUUGGCCAAAUUUGCAGGAAGAGGAAAGCAUACAGCAUGGUCAGUGUAGAAUAA